AUGAGUAAAGUACCGAAGGAUCUUCUGCUGCGGUCAUGUGCUGAUAUUCUUGAUUACAGCAACAAAGUAAGAAAACGAAAGUUCACCGAGACUGUUGAGCUACAAAUAGCGUUGAAGAACUAUGAUGUUCAGAAGGACAAAAGAUUCACUGGGACUGUGCGACUAAAGCACAUUCCACGUCCCAAAAUGUCUGUGUGUGUGCUUGGGGAUGAACAACACUGUGACGAGGCCAAAGCAGCAGGUUUUCCAUGUAUGGAUGCCGAAGAAUUGAAGAAAAUCAGCAAAGAAAAGAAGCCGUUGAAAAAACUCGCCAAGAGUUACCACGCUUUUGUGGCUAGUGAAACCGUUAUUCGUCAGUUUACAAGAACAGUGGUUCCAGUGCUGACCAAGUUCGGGAAGUUUCCGAGUGCGGUCACACACAACGAGCCACUAGUCAAUAAGAUCGACGAAAUAAAAGCUACAGUCAAAUUCCAGAUGAAGAAGGUCCUUUGUCUGAAUGUCGCUGUUGGUCACGUGAAGAUGACUCCUGAGGAGCUAGCUCAAAACAUCAACUUGUCAAUAAACUUUCUCGUAACGCUACUUAAAAAGAAUUGGCAGAACGUCAGAUGUUUGUACAUCAAAAGUACAAUGGGUAGACCGCACAGAUUGUACUAA